UCAUACCAACAAUGUUUAUUUGUGAUUGGAUCCCCCCACUGUUUCUUUACAAAUCCCGGUGGAGGCGCUCAUAUCGGUUUCUCUCGCCUUCUGUCGGCUCCCGUUAGGCUCAGUUAUUCGUGCGCAGGCAAUUGCAGGCAACAGCGAGUGAUCAAUUACCGUGUUUGUGAAAGGACGCAGUCUUUGGAGAGUUUAUCGAUUCCCAGUUGCCCAGCCACGCCCGACGGCCAUUUUGGGGGCUUGAUUGUUGAGGAUAAUUCACUCGGGGACGUCCCCAACGUCCGCUAAUCGUCGAAAAAUGGAUCAAAUAACGCCGAAGGAGGUGAAGAUCCUCGAGAAUCCUGAGGACAUUCAGGAGAGGAGGGAACAAGUGCUUGGGAGGUACUCUAAUUUCAAGGCUGAGGCCAGGAGCAAAAGAGAUAAACUCGAGGACUCACGAAGAUUUCAGUACUUUAAGCGCGAUGCCGACGAGCUCGAGGGUUGGAUAUACGAGAAACUACAAGCAGCUUCCGAUGAAAACUACAAAGACCCAACGAAUCUCCAAGCAAAAAUUCAGAAGCACCAGGCUUUCGAGGCGGAAGUGGCAGCCCAUUCCAACGCCAUUGUCCUCCUGGACAACACAGGCUCUGAGAUGAUUGCCCAACAUCACUUCUCCAGCGAUCUCAUCAGAAAACGCCUGGAAGAGCUGCACCGUCUUUGGGAGCUCCUCCUCUCUCGUCUAGCAGACAAAGGACUAAAACUUCAACAAGCUCUAGUCCUGGUUCAGUUCAUUCGCCACUGCGACGAAGUGAUGUUCUGGAUUCACGACAAGGAAGCAUUCGUCACUACAGACGAAUUUGGCCAUGACCUGGAGCACGUUGAGGUACUCCAACGAAAGUUCGACGAAUUUCAGAAGGACAUGGCGAGUCAGGAGUACAGAGUAACUGAAGUGAACGAGCUGGCGGACAAGCUUCUGCUUGAUGGCCACCCAGAGCGCGACACAAUCUUGGGCCGAAAGGAGGAACUGAAUGAAUCCUGGCAGAGGCUCAAGCAAUUGGCAAUCCUACGACAGGAAAAGCUCUUCGGAGCUCACGAAAUCCAGAGAUUCAACCGAGAUGCCGAUGAAACAAUGACUUGGAUAGCCGAGAAGGAUGUGGUGUUGUCAUCUGACGAUUUUGGUAGAGAUCUGGCCAGUGUCCAAACCCUCCAACGAAAGCACGAGGGAAUUGAACGAGACUUGGCAGCUCUGGAGGAUAAAGUUGCUACCCUUGGGGCUGAGGCAGAUCGUCUGGCUGCUAUCCAUCAGGCAGACCAUUCCCAGCAGAUUCAAGCGAAGAGAGCAGAGAUCCUGGCCUCUUGGGAGAGCCUCACUGCCAAAGCAAAAGAACGUAGAUUUAAACUGGAUGAGUCGUACUAUCUUCACAGAUUCCUAGCUGACUUCAGAGACCUUGUCUCGUGGAUGAAUGACAUGAAAGCUAUUAUCUCUGCUGAUGAACUUGCUAAGGAUGUAGCGGGAGCUGAAGCUCUUCUGGAAAGGCACCAGGAGCACAAGGGGGAGAUCGAUGCUAGGGCUGACAGCUUUGACGCUGCAACUCUCGCUGGAAACAAACUCCUCGAGCGAAAGCAUUAUGCAGCUGAGGAGGUGGCCAGGAAACUUGAUUCUCUCGCUGAGGACAAAUCGAGUCUUUUGGCUCUCUGGGAGCAGAGGAGAAUUCUCUACGAACAGUGCAUGGAUCUUCAGCUAUUCUAUAGGGAUACUGAACAGGCUGACGCCUGGAUGGCCAAGCAGGAAGCCUUCCUGGCUAAUGAGGACUUGGGAGACUCCUUGGACAGUGUUGAAGCUCUGAUCAAAAAGCACGAAGAUUUCGACAAGUCCUUGGCUGCUCAAGAGGAGAAGAUUAAGGCCCUCGAUGAAUUCGCUGGUAAGCUGAUCGAGGGGGAGCAUUACGCUGCUGAUGAUGUUGCACAACGAAGGCAAUCCCUCCUUCAGAGACGAUCAGUUCUGUUGGUGAACUCGGCUGAGAGAAGACGAAAGCUCGAAGACGCCUACAAGCUUCAACAGUUCGAGAGGGAUUGUGACGAGACCAAGGGCUGGGUGAACGAGAAACUGAAGUUUGCGACUGAUGACAGCUACCUAGAUCCCACAAAUUUGAAUGGCAAAGUUCAGAAGCAUCAGAACUUUGAACAGGAGUUGAACGCCAAUAAGACCAGAAUGGAGGAGAUGGUGUCCAUUGGACAGGAACUGAUUGACAGCAAUCACUAUGCGAGUGAGAGGAUAAAAUCCAGGAUUGAUGAGAUUGUGUCUCUUUGGGAGAGUCUUGCUAGAGCCACAGAGAAGAAGGGAACGAAAUUGCAAGAGGCAUCGCAGCAGCAGCAGUUCAAUAGAACUGUCGAGGACAUCGAGCUCUGGUUAUCUGAGGUCGAAGGACAACUCAUGAGUGAGGAUUAUGGAAAAGACCUGACGAGUGUCCAAAAUCUCCAAAAGAAACAUGCACUCCUGGAGGCUGAUGUUGGGUCUCAUGCUGACAGAAUUGACAGCAUUGCCCAGGCGGCUGAGCAAUUUGUCAGUUCGGGCCACUUUGAUGCUGAGAACAUCAGGUCUAAGCAGGAGCAGUUGGGUGGUCGUUAUGCUGCUCUACAACGUCCCAUGAGCAUCAGAAAGCAGAGGCUUUUGGAUUCUCUUCAGGUCCAGCAGCUCUUCAGAGAUAUCGAGGACGAGGAGGCUUGGAUUAGGGAGAAGGAGCCCGUAGCUGCCUCCACCAACAGAGGCAGGGAUCUCAUUGGUGUACAGAAUCUCCAGAAAAAACACCAAGCAGUUCUCGCUGAGAUCAAUAACCACGAGCCCAGGGUGGCAGCUGUCUGUGAGGCAGGAUCAAAGAUGCUAUCAGAUGGACACUUUGCUGCUGAUGAGAUUGGCCAGCGUUUGAGUGCUCUAGACGAACACUGGUUACAGCUCAAAGAGAAGGCCCGUCAAAGAAAGAUUGAUCUCGACGACUCUCUCCAAGCGCAUCAGUACUUUGCUGAUGCCAAUGAGGCUGAGUCCUGGAUGAAGGAGAAACGUCCGAUCGUCAUGAACAAUGAUUAUGGAAAGGAUGAGGACAGCUCAGAGGCUUUGUUGAAGAAGCACGAGGCACUUGUCAGUGAUCUUGAGGCCUUCGCCAGCACCAUUGGUGCUCUGAGAGAGCAGGCUGCUGCUUGCAGACAGCAAGAAACACCAACUGUCGACAUUGCUGGGAAGGAAUGUGUUGUGGCUCUUUACGAUUAUGCUGAGAAAUCCCCUAGGGAGGUAUCCAUGAAGAAAGGAGACACCUUGACACUGUUGAACUCCAACAACAAAGAUUGGUGGAAAGUCGAGGUGAACGAUCGUCAGGGCUUUGUUCCUGCGGCUUACGUGAAGCGAGUUGAACCGGAGGUUGGUUUGUCUGCCUCGCAACAAAAUCUUGCACGUGAACAGAGUUCAAUAGCAGCCAGGCAAGCGCAGAUCCAGGGACAGUACGACGAUCUUCUUCAGUUGGCUCACGAGCGUCAGAACAAGCUCAAUGAAACAGCCAAAGCUUAUGUUCUCGUCAGAGAAGCUGCAGAAUUAGCCACCUGGAUCAAAGACAAGGAGAAUCAUGCGCAGGUACAGGAUGUCGGUGAGGAUUUGGAACAGGUGGAGGUCAUGCAGAAGAAAUUCGAUGACUUCCAGGCGGAUCUCAAGGCCAAUGAAGUCAGGCUUGCAGAGAUGAAUGAGAUCGCUGUGCAGUUGAUGAGUCUUGGACAGACUGAAGCUGCCCUCAAGAUCCAGACGCAAAUACAGGACUUAAAUGAGAAAUGGACGAGUCUGCAGACAUUGACUGCUGAGAGAGCUAAUCAGUUAGGCUCAGCUCAUGAGGUUCAACGCUUCCACAGGGAUGUCGACGAGACGAAAGACUGGAUUCGUGAAAAGGAUGCGGCACUCAAUAAUGAUGAUCUUGGAAAGGAUCUCAGGAGUGUUCAGGCGCUUCAGAGGAAGCACGAGGGAUUGGAGAGAGAUUUGGCAGCUCUUGGGGACAAAAUCAAGCAGCUUGAUGAGACGGCUAAUAGGCUGAUGCAAUCACAUCCUGACACUGCUGAGCAGACGUACGCCAAGCAAAAAGAGAUCAACGAAGAGUGGACACAGCUGACUGCUAAGGCCAACUCCAGGAAAGAGAAACUCCUGGAUUCUUAUGAUCUUCAGAGAUUCCUCAGUGACUACAGGGAUCUGAUGGCUUGGAUCAAUUCUAUGAUGGGACUGGUCGCUUCGGAGGAACUGGCGUCUGAUGUCACUGGAGCUGAAGCUCUUCUUGAACGUCAUCAAAAUUACAGAUCGGAAAUUGACGCGAGAUAUGGAAUCCUCGAGGAGCACAGAACAGAGGUUGAUGCUCGUGCAGGCACAUUCCAAGCCUUCGAACUAUUUGGUCAGCAGCUACUGCAGUCCUCUCACUAUGCAAGUGUAGAAAUCCAGGAGAAACUCGAGUCGAUGGCCGAAGCCAGACAAGAGUUAGAAAAAGCUUGGAUUCAGCGACGAAUGCAAUUGGACCAGAAUCUCGAGCUUCAGCUCUUCUGUCGUGACUGCGAGCAAGCUGAGAACUGGAUGAGUGCACGCGAGGCCUUCCUGAGUAGUGCAGACGCAGUUGACAGCAGUGAUAACGUUGAAGCCUUGAUUAAAAAGCAUGAGGACUUCGACAAAGCCAUCAAUGCUCAUGAGGAGAAAAUCGCAGCUCUCCAGACGCUUGCUGAUCAGCUGAUCGCUGCUGAGCAUUAUGCAGCUAAACCAAUUGACGAUAGACGUUGCCAGGUGCUCGACCGUUGGAGACAUUUGAAGGAUGCCUUGAUUCAGAAGCGAUCAAAGCUCGGGGAAUCCCAGACUCUUCAGCAAUUCUCUCGUGACGCUGAUGAGAUGGAGAAUUGGAUAGCUGAAAAACUUCAACUGGCGACUGAGGAAAACUACAAAGAUCCAGCCAACAUUCAAUCCAAGCAUCAGAAGCAUCAGGCAUUUGAGGCAGAAUUGGCAGCCAAUGCUGAUAGAAUCCAAUCAGUCCUGGCAAUGGGUGGAAAUCUCAUUGAGAAACAUCAGUGCGCUGGAUCUGAGGAUGCUGUCCAAAAAAGAUUGGCAUCAAUCGCUGACCAGUGGGAGUAUCUCACCCAGAAGACGACUGAGAAGUCUUUGAAAUUGAAGGAAGCCAACAAACAGAGAACCUACAUUGCAGCUGUCAAGGAUUUGGACUUUUGGCUGGGAGAAGUGGAGAGUCUUCUGACAUCUGAAGACGCUGGCAAGGACUUGGCUUCUGUUCAGAAUCUUAUGAAGAAGCAUCAGCUGGUGGAGGCUGAUAUCCAGGCUCAUGAGGAGCGUAUCAAGGAUAUGAAUGCACAGGCUGAUUCAUUGAUUGAGAGUGGACAAUUCGAUGCUGCUGGUAUUCAGGAGAAACGCCAGAGUAUCAAUGAAAGAUAUGAGAGAAUCAGAAAUCUUGCAGCUCAUCGUCAGGCCCGUCUUAACGAGGCAAACACCCUUCAUCAGUUCUUCAGGGAUAUCGCUGAUGAGGAGUCCUGGAUCAAGGAGAAAAAACUUCUUGUAGGUUCUGACGAUUAUGGAAGAGAUCUUACAGGUGUUCAAAAUUUGAAGAAGAAGCAUAAGAGACUGGAGGCCGAGCUGGGAAGUCAUGAGCCUGCCAUUCAGGCAGUUCAAGAGGCUGGUGAGAAGCUCAUGGAUGUUUCUAAUCUGGGAGUUCCUGAGAUUGAGCAAAGAUUGAAGCUUUUGAAUCAGGCCUGGGCGGAGUUGAAGCAGUUGGCAGCUACUCGGGGUCAGAAACUCGACGAAUCACUGACCUAUCAGCAAUUUUUGGCUAAAGUUGAGGAGGAAGAGGCCUGGAUCACUGAGAAGCAACAGCUCCUCUCUGUGGAGGACUAUGGUGACACCAUGGCUGCUGUUCAGGGUCUUCUCAAGAAGCAUGAAGCCUUUGAAACCGAUUUUGCUGCUCACGGAGAACGGUGCAAGGACAUCUGCGAGGCGGGUGAGUCUCUCAUCAAGGCUGGUAAUCAUCGGGCCGAUGCCAUUGGUCAGAGGUGCAAUCAACUUCGGAAUAAGUUGGAACAGCUUGGGGCUUUGGCCACCAGAAGGAAGACUCGGCUCAAUGAUAAUUCCGCUUAUCUUCAGUUCAUGUGGAAGGCCGAUGUUGUUGAGUCCUGGAUCGCUGAUAAGGAGACUCAUGUCAGGUCUGAGGAGUUUGGAAGGGAUCUCUCAACUGUGCAAACAUUAUUAACCAAGCAAGAGACCUUUGAUGCUGGACUACAUGCCUUUGAACAUGAGGGCAUCCAGAAUAUCACGACAUUGAAGGAGAGACUAGUGGAUGCAGGUCAUGAACAAACUGCUAACAUCCAGAAGAGACAUGCUGAUGUUAUCACUCGUUGGCAGAAACUUCUCGCGGACUCUGAUGCUAGAAAACAAAGACUUCUUCGCAUGCAGGAUCAGUUUAGGCAGAUUGAAGAGCUAUACCUUACAUUCGCGAAGAAAGCAUCAGCCUUCAACUCGUGGUUCGAGAACGCCGAGGAAGAUCUGACCGAUCCUGUUCGUUGCAACAGUAUCGAGGAGAUUCGAGCCCUGAGGGAAGCCCACGCCUCCUUCCAAGCCAGUCUGUCCUCUGCUGAGGCAGAUUUCCAAGCCCUGGCUGCCCUUGAUCGCCAGAUCAAGAGCUUCAAUGUCGGGCCGAACCCCUACACCUGGUUCACGAUGGAGGCAUUGGAGGACACCUGGAGGAAUCUUCAGAAGAUUAUCAAAGAGAGGGAUGUCGAGUUGGCAAAGGAGGCUCAGAGACAGGAGGAGAACGACAAAUUGAGGAAGGAAUUCGCUAAGCAUGCGAAUGCCUUCCACCAGUGGCUGGCGGAGACCAGGACUUCUAUGAUGGAGGGAUCUGGCUCUCUCGAGCAGCAGCUGGAGGCGACCAAGAGAAAGACUCAUGAGGUUCGCGCCCGCAGACAGGACCUCAAGAAGAUCGAAGACUUAGGGGCUAUCCUCGAGGAGCAUCUGAUCCUCGACAAUCGUUAUACUGAACACAGCACUGUGGGUCUUGCUCAGCAGUGGGAUCAAUUGGAUCAACUGGGUAUGAGGAUGCAGCAUAAUUUGGAGCAGCAAAUUCAGGCGAGAAACCAGUCUGGAGUGUCUGAGGAUGCCCUCAAGGAAUUCUCCAUGAUGUUCAAACACUUUGAUAAGGACAAGAGUGGAAGACUCAAUCACCAAGAGUUCAAAUCUUGCCUGAGGGCUCUGGGAUAUGACCUGCCUAUCUUCGAGGAGGGCCAGCCUGAUCCUGAAUUUGAAAAUAUACUGGAUAUUGUGGAUCCCAAUAGGGAUGGCUAUGUCUCCUUACAGGAGUACAUGGCAUUCAUGAUCAGUAAGGAGACUGAGAAUGUCCAGAGCUCGGAGGAGAUUGAAAAUGCCUUCAGGGCCAUCACUGCUGCUGAUAGGCCUUACGUCACUAGAGAGGAACUCUACGCUAACCUUACGAAAGAGAUGGCCGAUUACUGCGUUGCACGAAUGAAACCCUUCGUCGAUCCCAAAAACGAACGACCAAUUACAGGAGCCCUGGACUACAUCGACUUCACUCGUACACUUUUCCAGAAUUAAUCGCACUACUUCUUCGAGAAAUAUGUAAUAAUUAUAUACUCAUGCUUAAAUUAUUAUUCAUUCAUGCGUAUACUGUACGACUAUUAUAUUCAGACCACUGCAAGCUUCCUCUAAUAUUUUACAACAAAAAAAAAAUUUCAUAAGUUCUUAUAUUACAACUUUAUUGUUGAUUUUGCUUGCGGUGUUAUUUGAAAAUGCAUGGUUUCCAUUGGAAUACUUGUCAUUGCAAUAGAUCUUCACUGUAGAGAUGAUAUAAAUAACCGUUACUCAACAAAA